ACCGGAAGUUGCGUCAUCACGUCAUUCAGCGUGUGUGUGUGUGUAUGGGCGGUGAAGAUACCGGCAUCAGCUGUAGGUUAUAAGGUGUGUGUACUGGAUAUAACAUGAAAGGUUACUGAGAAUACUCACAGCGUUUUGUAAUUAAAGGAUUCUUUAUUGAAGAUGAACCCAGCGUGAGUCCACACAGCAUGAGAUUCCCUGCAGCAACGAGACGUCAGAGAUCUUCAUCGGUGUUCCAGGACGGCAUGACGAUGAAAACGCCGCUGUUCCUGUUCGUCCUGACGUGGCUCGUGGUGACGAUUCACUCGGACGAGGAUUAUUAUAAGUUGCUGGGUAUUUCGAGAGAAGCUAGCACCCGGGAGAUUCGACAGGCCUUCAAGAAGCUCGCUCUAACCAUGCACCCGGACAAGAAUCCGAAUGAUGGCACGGCCCACGAGAAGUUCCUGAAGAUCAACCGUGCGUACGAGGUGUUGAAAGACGAAGACCUGCGGAAGAAAUACGAUAAGUACGGAGAGAAAGGUUUGCAGGACGAGCAGCAGGGAGGCAGAUACGAAAGCUGGAACUACUACAGAUACGAUUUCGGCAUUUAUGAUGACGAUGCAGAAGUUAUUACUCUUGACAGAGGAGACUUUGAUGCAGCAGUGAACUCCGGAGAGGUUUGGUUCGUGAAUUUCUACUAUCCCCGAUGCUCCCACUGUCACGAGUUGGCUCCGACGUGGCGGGAGUUUGCGAAAGAGAUGGAUGGCGUGAUCAGGAUCGGCGCGGUAAACUGUGGGGACAACACCAUGCUGUGUCGCAGUAAAGGCAUCAGUAGCUACCCGAGCCUGUUCGUCUUCAGAACCGGCAUGAAUCCAGAGAAAUACUACGGAGACCGAUCCAAAGCCAGCCUCACCCAGUUCGCAAUGCGGUUUGUGACGACCAAAGUGACCGAGCUGUGGCAAGGGAAUGUUUUCACUGAGAUCGAUCAAGCGUUUGCUGCUAGAAUCGGGUGGCUCAUAACCUUCUGCGCCGACACCGGAGAUUGUCUGGAAUCUCAGACGAGACAGAAGCUCGCUGGAAUGUUGAACAGUCUAGUGAAGGUGGGCUGGAUGGACUGCACCUUACACACUGAUCUGUGUGAAAGCUUUGACGUCACGACCAGCACGACGGCUCUGUUCCCCCCUGGCAGCUCCCUCACACAGGAGGGCAGUGUGCUGUUUCUGAAGACUCUGGAUGCCAGAGAGAUCUAUGCACAGGUGUUGCAGCACAUGCCCGACCUGGAGAUUCUCACCAAGCAGAGCUUUGAGGACAAGUUGGCUCAGCACCGUUGGUUGGUCAGUUUCACCUUUGGGGAGAAGAACACGGCCACCCACGAGUACAAAAAGCUCAGCGCCCUGCUCAAAGACUCCCACAUACAGGUAGGGAAGGUGGACUGCAUGUCUGAGGCAGACCUAUGCGCCUCCCUCUACAUCCAGAAGCCCUGUGUGGCUGUUUUUAAAGGCCUCGGCAUUCACAACUUCGAGAUCCACCACGGUAAAGAUGCACUGUAUAACAUUGUAGCUUUCGCUAAAGAGAGCGUGAGCGCCCACGUUACCACGCUGCGGCCAGAGAAUUUCCCUCGGGACGAGAAGGAGCCCUGGGUAGUGGACUUCUUCGCCCCGUGGUGUCCCCCAUGUCGCGCCCUGCUUCCUGAACUCAGAAAAGCCUCCGUUCAGCUUCAUGGUCAGAUGAAGUUCGGCACUCUGGACUGCACCAUACACGAGGGACUGUGCAACAUGUACAACAUUAACGCCUAUCCAACCACCGUUAUCUUCAACAAGUCCAGCAUCCAUGAGUAUGAAGGUCACCAUUCAGCAGAUGGCAUUCUGGAGUUCAUCGAGGACCUGGUCAACCCUGCGGUGGUGACUCUGGACCCAGACUCUUUCCAUCAGUUGGUGAAGAAGAGGAAGCAAACAGAAACAUGGAUGGUGGACUUCUAUGCACCGUGGUGUGGUCCAUGCCAGGCUUUGCUCCCUGAGUGGAGGAGGAUGGCUCGGAUGGUGAGUGGGAUGAUUAGCGUGGGAUCAGUGGACUGUCAGAAGUACCACUCAUUCUGCCAGGGCGAGAGCGUGCGUGCCUACCCCGAGAUUCGUCUCUACCCACAAAACAGCAACCACCGAGACCAACACCAUAGCUAUAAUGGCUGGCACAGAGAUGCCCACUCCCUCAAGACCUGGGCACUCAACUCUCUGCCCCGCGCCUCAGUCGACUUAUCACCCGAGGAUUUUAAAAGGAAGGUUCUGGAAGGGAAGGAACACUGGGUGCUGGACUUUUACGCCCCGUGGUGUGGCCCGUGCCAGCAUUUCUCCCCGGAGUUCGAGAUCCUCGCUCGGAUGCUGAAGGGCACAGUGAGAGCAGGAAAGGUGGACUGCCAGGCGCACUAUGAUACGUGUCAGCGUGCGGGUGUCAAGUCCUACCCCACCGUCCGCUUUUACCCCUACCUGGGUACUACACGGCGAGACCAAGGAGGAGAGUACAUCAACAGCCAGAACUCCAACGUGAUUUCUGACAUCAUCCAGCAGAGACUCCAGCAGUUCAGCAAACAGAAGAAACCCAAAUUCAAGGAUGAGCUGUAAAAAUGUCGUAAUAAAAUAAAAAUCCACUGAAUCUUGUCCUGUGGCAGAACGGACUGCACUUUUCACACUCCCAGGAUGUUAAAAGACUUUUAUCGAGCACCAGAGAAAGUGUGUGAAAGUAUUUUUACCUCAGCGUGUGACGAGACUCUACAGUUCCUCUCUAAGCACCACGAAUAUAAUGGUUACUGGAACAAGACAAUGUUUCUGACCCUAAUUAACGACUGUACUGAGGAACCGUAUCGUCUGCAGUGUGUCUCAUACACAUGAUGUUUCUCUCAGUGUCAUGACGGUAAUGAUGAAUCCUGACCGUUUUCUUCUGUGUUGGUUAUUAUUUUAUUGCAGUGUCGUAUUGCGGAGUGUGAGAGCAUGAUCAUAUCAAAUGUUUUUAUUUAAUGCGGCUUUCAGGGACGAUGUCUGUGUAAUGAAAGAGUUUGUUUCACCUCUGUUUCUACUGAAGCACUGUAAUCCUUCAUGCAGUAUGGUUUUCAAUGGUUAUUACUUUGAAUUGAAGAUUAUGACCAGUAUCUAAACUUUUCUCUUCUUGAUCAAAUUAUUACUGGACUGUACAGCAAUAAUUAUGUCCUGUUGUGAUGGGAUUGGAUGUUCUGUAGUCAGGAAAAUUAAUCACGUAUUCUCAUUUAUUCGCUUGUCCUUUCCACGGUCAUGUAAUGCUGUUUUGUACAGAUACCUGGUGUAGAAUAAAGUUGUUUUUUUUUUCCUACAAAUUAAUUUA